GUGUUCAUGGUGCAUUUUGGUAUUUUUGUAUAGUUGGUUGAACAUGAACAACCACCUCUCUUGCAGACAGGUAAAACUACUCUGGCAUUUUUUUCUGUAAGUAGUUGCUGCCAGUUUUAAAGCAUCAAAGUGAGUGAUUAUGGUUAGUGAGCAUGUGUCUCUGUAAGGAAAAUGUAGACCUGAGUGCUGUUUCCUCAGUGAAAAUAGCAUGUUCUCUGGGGUGUUAUAUUCCCACUGAUGCUCAAAGACAGCACAAUAAAUACCUAAAACUAGUGCAGAUGAGUAGCUGAUGAAAGACUGAAUUAAACACUUUCCUUGUGCACUUAAAAGCCAGAUGUCAGCUUGUGUGAGCAGGAUUUUUAACCAAUAUAAAAAAGGUUUGAAAUGUGCCAGAUUUAAUCUGGGAUAUAUCCUUCUCAUGCUCUUCAUUUGGCUUCAUUUGCAGAAGUCAUGUACCUUCCAAUUUUUGUACCCUGUCACAUGUUUUAAGUGCCAUAUUUGAAAAACAGGUAUAGAGAAGUGUGUACUUCUACAGGUGUCUGUACAAACCAGUAAAACCUAAGCAGGUACAACUAAGUUACCAAAAAAAAUCCCAAACCGGAAAGUGAAACUAUGCAGUUUAUGUUUGUUUCAGUAUGCUGUUUUUACUUCCUGUGAGGCUGCUAGUGGUAUUUCAUGCAGUGUAGAUGACUUUUUAGAUGGAGUCAUCAUUCUCAUUCUUUCCUUUUCUUUCUUUAAGACAUGGCCUCUGCAAGCAGCCUUCCAUAUGAGGACCAAUUCCUGUGUUCAAUCUGUCUGUGUGUGUUCAAUGAGCCCGUGUCGACUCCAUGUGGACACAACUAUUGCAAGAGUUGUAUCACAGGCUACUGGGACAGCAGUGGGUUGGCACAGUGUCCCCUCUGUCAGGAGAGGUUCUCCAGAAGGCCACAGCUUCGGGUUAACACAGAGUUCAGAGAUAUGGUGGACCAUUUUAACCGCAUGAGAGUGAAAAGUGAAGAUGGGAUCCAUGCCAAACCAGGGGAGGUACCCUGUGACAUCUGCACCACACCAAAGCUCAAAGCCCUCAAGACAUGCCUGGUGUGUUUGGCCUCAUAUUGUCAACCUCACCUGGUGCCUCAUGAGAGUCUUAAGAAGCACAAACUUGUUGACCCUGUGUCAAACCUGGAGGACAAGGUGUGUAAGAAUCAUGAUAAGUUGUUGGAGUUUUUCUGCUAUGACGACAUGGAAGGUGUUUGUUUAAUGUGCUUGAAAGAUGACCAUGUGGGGCAUGAGGUUGAACCCCUGAAACAGGCCUUUCAAAAGAAAAAAGGCAUGGUUGAGUUUACGAUAUCACACAUGAAAGCGUUGGAAAACACCAGAUCAGUGCGAGUGGUUGAAAUGAAAAGCUCACUUCAACAGAGAAAGGAAACAUCAGACAGUGAUUUAACACAGAUUGAUGAGGUUUUUACAGCUCUGGUGGCAUCUCUGCAGAGGCGCCAGGGUGAGGUGACCGAGUUGAUCCAGCAGAAGCAGAAAGCAGCAGAGGCGAAAGCUGAAAACUGUGUUGAACAGCUGGAACUAGAAGCUGCUGAGCUGAGGCAGAGAAGAUCUACAAUGGAAGAAAUUUUACAAAAGGAAGACCAACUCCACCUCCUGCGAAACUGCCCACCCCUUUACAUUCCUGCGUACCUCUGCAUGCUGCGACCCAAACCUCAGUUUGACUCUGACUCUGAUGUUAGUAAACAUGUUUAUGCUGAGAUAGUGAAGAAAUCAGUUGAACAGAUUGAGAAGACACUCAGUAAUGGCAUGGACAUGCUUAUUCACGAGGUCAGGUUGUCCGAUGGCCAUGAUGCAGCUGAAAACCUGGUGAAACAAGUGUGGAAUCCACCUCAAGACAAGUUGAUGAUGAUCCAGCAGUGUGAUGCAGUGAACGUGACCCUCGAUGCCAAUACAGCCAACAACAAACUCGUGGUGUCCGAGGAUGGGAAACAGCUGACUUUUCGUAAAAGUAAACUGUUUUUACCCACUUUGUUUGGCAGAAAAUUUGAAUGUCUUCCCUUCAUACUUGCUAAAGAUGGUUAUUCCUCAGGCAGGUUCUACUAUGAAGUUCAGGUUAGUAGAUGCAAAAUUUGGGUCUUAGGAGUUGUCAAAGAGUCUAUUAACAGGGAGACAUUUUUCUGUCCCAUGCCUGAGUAUGGAGCUUGGGUAUUUAAUGGAUUUUGCGACGAAUUCCCUGAGUUUUACUGUCCUAAUACUGCCAAUGCUUGCCCAUACCCAAAACAGGGAAUCCAGACAGUUGGUGUGUUUGUUGAUUAUGAGAAGGGCGAGAUCUCCUUCUAUGAUGUGGAUGCCAGGACUCUGAUGUACUCCUUUACAGAAUGUACCUUCACUGAGACUGUAACAGGACUCCAAACUUUUCUUUACAAUAUGGCUGGUACUUCAUGUAGCAGCAGACCAAAACUCUACCCGAUAUUUGGAAUGUAUAGAGAACAUUCGGAUGACAUGCUCAUAAUCAAACCUGUAGGUGGGACAACUAGUAUGGAUUAAUUGUCUGUUUUUCAAGGACAAAAAAAAUGUGUCCCACAAUUUACUAACACACUCAAGAACCAAUCGAAUUUCUCUAAUCCUAAACCUGAAUUGUAAAAUAAAUCAAACAUAUAUUUUCUGGCUUCUAAAAUUCUCUGACUUGUAUUUCCUGACUUGUAAAAUGUACUUGUAUUUUCUGAUUUGUAUUUUCGUUCUUGCAGAAUUAAUCUGUUCUUUUAAAUUUGAUUCUGCUCUUGUUACAGUUUCAAUGAUUACAAUACAAAUUACAAAACUUAUGUCCCUAUCGUAACUCUAGAAAAUAUCAGUGAAAUCGAUUUGUGACACUCGGUCAAAGGUUUCUUCAUGCCAAACUUCACAUUUACAGCUGUUUGUUCAAACUGAGGCACUUACAAUACCUGACUUUGACCAGAAGAUGGCAGUAUUGUUCUAUAGCGCGACUCAAAAGAACAAAAGGGGUCAAACAAUUUUUAUGUGUUUGCCACUUUAUAAAAAUGAUUUUAAUCAUAAAUUUUAAAAUUAAAACAAAACUAUCAUUCUUUUUUUUUCAUUUAUCAAUGAGUUACUGAAGAAUCCUGAACAUGGUAACAAAGACUUGUUUCAUACAUGCAUGUUUCACAUUUUUAUUAAACUUAUAAUAUCUGAUAAAGGAACUUUAAAGGCAGCUGUGUAAUGAAUUAUGCUACCAGUUUGUUUUGUGCUGUGUAAUUAAAGUGCAUGUCUAUAAAAUUA